AUGUAUAAGCCUCCAAAAGAAGCACCAGCUCUAUCACUGGGAGAGCCUCUGCUUCUCUUGGAACCCACCCCGUCCUGCCCAAAAGAUCGUGAAGGCAUGUCGACCUGCACACCCUUGACCAAACCACCACCAGCGUCUUCGCAAAUGAGUCUACCAGAUAGCGAGACGAGUAGCAGCACUGAGACUCCUCGGCACUCUCCUGUUUCCCCGCUUCAGCCCCUCUGCCUUGACGAUACCCCUCCCAACUACAUCAACAUGAGCAAUCAUAACUUCUUUGAGGCCAAUCAAGUGCCAAACAACGUAUUCGACUGGCAAAUGCACUGUCAACAUCAGUUUGAUCACUUCGGAUCCAUGAAUGUAGAAGGAGAUGACAGGAAUGACAUGCAGUACCGGUAUCUUUACCCCAACAUGAUGGAAUUUCCCGCAGACAAGCCACUCUUUCAGCAAGCUCCCUUUGUAGUCAUCCCUCAACCGCUGAGACCCUUUGAAGGCCAGCUGUCGACGGCGCCACAACCCCAGCAUCCAUCACCUCCAGUGGUUCAGAUUGGGGUUCCCUUCUUAGUCAAUUACGAUGACACCCUCACUUAUGGACCUCAGCGACUUCCCACCCUCAUGGAAGUCGAGGACGAAGAUGACGAGUCUUCAGAAUGCUCCCAAGACCAACUUGAACAAGACAGUGACAGUAGCAUGUCCAUGGAUGCAUGGCAGGCGGGUGACCAUGUUGUCAUCGAGCCGUCUCCCCAAGACCCAACUACAGAAGAAGACGAAGAGCAUGUUGCCAAUGGCAAUGGUCAAUCCACCUGCUAUACCUUCGUCGAUUGCUACCCUGAUCACCAUUGGGACGUUGUUAAUGGUAACGACGUCCUCAAUGAUGCCAUGUAUUAUCAUGUCCUCGAGGUCAACCAUGCCCGUGCGUCUAGCAAUGUUAUGCCUGUUGUCUUUCCUUCCAUGCCGUCGCCGCCUCCCCUGCCUACUGUGGCUCCUUCGUUCUCUGGAGGAAGCCUUGUCAGGCCCCAACCUUUGCGAGUGGUUUGUCCAACAACCAUCGCGCCAGUUAUAAGGCAUGAGGAGGAGGAAGAAGUGGACGCCUAUUCAUCAUCUGCUGAGCCAGCUGGGACGGCGGAUGUGAAGCGCUGUCUGGAAUGGUACCGCUCGUAUUUGGACGAAGAAGGGGAGGCAGCUUUUUGUGGCUAUCAGCACGAACCAAUGGAAGGUCUAUCCCAAGCAGCAGAAGCCAUCCUUCGCUAG